GAUGACGCGAGCGUACUGGCAUUUCUGCGUAAGUUAAACAAGUCCGAAAAUCAGAAUAGUAAACGUAAAAUAAAACGGAUUAUCUUUGUGUAAAAUACCAAUACGAAAACAUUAUACGGGCAUGGCUAGUGGAGAUACGAUAUCGGAGGUAUCAAAUGAUCAGAUGCCAAUUCCGAAAAUAAGGCAUGAGUGGUAUCAAACUGAAACUCAUGUAAUUAUUGCGAUCCUGGCAAAAAAUGCUGACGAUGUGAAAAUUGUUUAUGGUGAAACAACUCUAAGUGUAUCUGCAAAAUUACCAUCUGGUAAUGAUUAUAGUUUGGAAAUAGAUUUAGCCCAUAAAGUGGUACCAGACAGUUGCACGCAUAAAGUAUUACCAUCUAAAAUAGAAAUAAAACUGAAAAAAUGUGAUGGACACAGAUGGAACAGUCUAGAAGGGGCAGCCGUUGCACCAGCAGUUGAGCAGCCACCUCUAAUACAAUUUCUUCAAUCAACUGGUCAACCACCAAAAUAUCCCAGUUCUAGUAAAAAAACUUGUGAUUGGGAUAAAAUAGAAAAGGAAAUAACAACAGAAGAGGAACAGGUAUCAUCGCAGGGAAAUGAUGCGGUCAUUGCUCUAUUCAAACGUGUUUACGAUAAUGGUACUGAUGAUGUUAAACGCGCAAUGAUUAAAUCAUAUCAAGAAUCUGGUGGAACGGUCUUAAGUACAACCUGGGAAGAAGUGGGGAAAACUAAAGUGGAAAGGAAAACCCCAGACGGAAUGGAAUGGAAACCAUGGGAUUCAUAAAUUCCUUUAAUGUGACUUUUGAAAAUCAAUUAUUUUUAAAGUCUAAAAUAAUUCUGCAUUAUAUACGACAUUAGAUUUUGAGUUAAUACCAUAUCAUUAUUUAAUUAAUGAAUGUUUAGCAUGUAAUGAACUAAUAAAAUCUAUUGUAUGCUGCGCCAUGGUUAUAUGUCGUUUUCCCUAGUUUAUUAAAAUACCAUGGAGAUAUCUGGUUCUUGAGUUUUCUUAUAAAUUAUGUAGUUACAAAACCAAUAGCAGCAUACAAUAUUCUGGUACAA